AUGGCGGUGACGUCACGGCCAGUGAUGGCGGGCCCGGGCCGGGCGCUGCCCUCAGGCGCCUCCAAAUGGGAGAUCCGGGAGAAGGUGUGGGAGCACCUGGAGGCCUCGGGCCUGGCCGAGUUCCCGCGGCCCGUGCGCGGCCGCAUCCCCAACUUCAAGGGCUCUCCGCAGGCCUGCCGCUCUCUCGGGGAGCUGGAUGUGUUCGGCGGAGCGCGGGAGGUGAAGGUGGAUCCCGACAAGCCGCUGGAAGGUGCGCGGCUGGCGGCUCUGCAGGCAAGGAAGACUCUGCUGGUUCCCACACCACGUCUGAGGACUGGGCUGUUCAAUAGGAUUGUUCCCCCUCCAGGUGCCACCAAGGAGAUCCUGAGAAGAUGUGCCACGUCUCAGGGUGUCAAAGACUACAGCGUGCCUGUGGGGCUGGAUGGGAAAGCACAAGUGGAUCUGGUUGUUGUGGGAUCAGUGGCUGUCUCUGAAAAAGGCUGGAGAAUUGGCAAAGGGGAAGGUUAUGCAGACAUGGAAUAUGCAAUGAUGGUGUCCAUGGGUGCAGUGCAGGAGGACACACCUGUGGUUACCAUCGUGCACGACUGCCAGGUGCUUGACAUAGCAGAGGAGCUGCUGGAUGAUCAUGAUUUAACUGUGGAUUACAUCCUCACUCCAACAAGGACUAUCCAGACUAAUUGCAAACGACCUAAACCUCAGGGAAUAAUGUGGCACAAGGUCAGCUCUGAGAUGCUGGGAAAAAUCCCCAUCCUAAAGACUCUUCGAAGCAGGGAGAAGCAGGCUGGCAAGGAUGUCACCCUCCAAGAUGAGCAUCCAGCCUUGGCAAACACCAGCAGAGCAGCAAUUUCAAACAAGAAGGUGAUGGCUGCAAAUACCCAGCCAUGGGCUGCUCCAGGCUCAGCUCCAGUGGGACAACAUGUGGAAAGUGAUCCUGUCAAUCCCAAAUUAGAGGGAUCUGACACCAUUACCACUGUGUAUGUGGGGAACUUGCCUGGCAGCCUGAGAGUGAGCGAGCUGAAAAGUGCUCUGAGGGAAUUGCAGGUGACUCCUGUUAGGCUGAGCUGGCAGGGAGCACAGCACAGAGCUUUCCUGGAUUACAGGGAUCCAGGAGCUGCAGACAGAGCUGUCUCCUCCUUGCAGGGCCUGAGCCUUGGGGGCAAUGCUCUCAGAGCAGAGCUGGCCAAGAACCAGAGGAGUAAAGGGCAAGGAGAAAUCAAUAGUCACAGAUGAGUAUGGAGAAGAAAAAAAUCAAACAAAAAAAAAAGGUGUUUUCAUUGUUUUGUGAGAAGCCAACCUGAAGUUUUAAGGUUUUUUGUAACCCUCAGGUUUAACAAAACCAAAUUUCUGCACAAACUUCCCUCACUCCUGCACUUGGACAUGCAAAGGUUUGUCCCCCACAGAGGAGCAUUUCUCUAGAAACAAUUGCCCACAAAGAUGUUGGAGUCAGAGAGUCAGGGGUCUCUCUGAAUCCUUCACCCACACUCUGGUUUUGGUGCUGUUUGGUGUUUUUGUUAAGCCUGGCUUAAAGGCCUUGGCACCUGCAGCAAGAUGGUUCCAGUCAGUCAUUUAAGGUUACACCUACCCCAUUAUACCUGUGAGGUUAAAAGGCAGCAGCAGGAAAUCUGUCCUGAGGGUAACAAUUCUGUUUACUAAAAAAAUGGGCUUUGCCUGUUGGGAGUUUUAAAUUUAUUUUUUAUAAAAAUGGCCAGGGAGAGAGAGAUUUUCUGUUUUGUGCCUUGAAGAGUGGCUGUGGAAACACUGCCUUAGUUCUAGCUCUAGUAAGAGCUGGAAACAUCAGGUGGGAAAGAUGGGAACCCUUUUCUGAGCUUUUUGCUAAAUCAGCCCUUGGUAAACCUUAGAUUUCUUAUUUC